GUUAAGCAUGAUAUGUCAUAGCUGUCACUGCUCACUGCCAUGGCAGCUAAGCUAUUAAAGGGAAAAGAGAGACAAAUGCUGACACACCCUCUAUAUAUUCCUCUGCUAACAGAGUCACAACUUCAAACGGUGUUGCGCACUUCCAAGAAACGUUUCACCAUUUUCCGCUUUCUAGGAUACUCUGGAUAGUUUUCAACUGGACAGCAUGUCAACAUAUCUGAGCCUAUGGAUGCACGUCGGCUGCCUGUCUCUGGUGCUGGUUGCCGUGGGGACAAUGGAAUGUACAGAGCGAGAGUCUCUUAUUCAACAGAUCUCCAUCGUGGAGACCACUCAGUGCCUGAUGGACUGCACUGUUCUGACCUUUGCCAAGAUCAUGGAACUGGGAGAUAAUAGGAGCAUACGGAUGAAAGACUCUUCGCAGGAAGAACAGAGAAACCACACGGAUUACUGCUGGCCGCUGGAUUUAAAGUGCACGGCGGGGGAGCACCUGCAGCAAGCGUUUGUGCUCAUGCCCGUGGAUCAAUAUGUGGUCACGCACGUGGACCUGACGGUGAAUGGGAUUGGGCCUGUCGAGGGGACACUGAACGCACACGAAGGUCCGACCAUGCUCCCCGACGACUGUGGCCUCCGCUAUGACGUCACGUCGGUCUACCAAUCUACGCCCAGGGAGUCCCAGGGAGUGGGGUCGGAUUUCUGCGUCCAGGUGUUCCCCCGGAAACCCCUCUCUAGGGAGGGGAUGUUGAAGUGCUUCCCUUUCCUGGUGACCAUCUGGCAGAAGGGCGAUCUGGCAGAUCAGUCCAAGCUGGAAGGAGGGGGCUAGAGGGUAGCCCAUUACUACCCCCCU